AGAAUUUCGGAACGUAAUACUUGGGAAAUGGGCAAAAGAAACAAAGAUGGCGAACAAAAAGUUCAUGUCAAAACAAAGAAAAAAAGGCCUGAAAAGGAUACACUUGUUAAUGAUGAUUUAACGGAAGAAAUCUCUUUAACAUCGGAAUCCACAGGAAAUGGAAAAAAUAAGAAAAUAGUAUUUGAGAAUGACAAAUCUAAAUUAGCGCGAGUAGCAAAUGAUACCGAAAAACACAAUGUCAGUUCACAUAAUAGAAACGCUAACAAUAGCACGACAAGCAAUGAAAUAAAUGCAAAGAAUAAGACUAAACAAAAUAAAAAGAUAAUAUUCACAGACGACAAUGCUGAAGGAGUAGAGAUCACUACAAAUAUACCAAGAAGUAAGAAAAAUGCAAGAUUAAAGGAUUCAAUUGAUGAAGAACCGGCAGAUGAAGAAAUUGACAAGUUUUGUGAUGAAUUAGAUGAUGAAGACAAUGUCCAAUACGAUAACUGGGUGAAACUUAUAGAAUCACAGUUAUGUCCAAAAAAUAAGAAAUAAAUGUUUGCAAUGUA